AGGGCAGGCUGGUGCAAGUGUACGCGCCGGCUGCUGCCGCGGCGCGGCCAUACCUUGGGCUCUCCCGGCAACGUCCCAGUUCAUUUACUGGAAGCGCUCCGGGCCGCUGGUGUUCCGGGCCCGGCCUCUCCCUCCCCCCCCGCCUCCUCCUGCCCGGCUCUGGAGCCCCGAGGGACCUGGACGGGACCCGCUGCUGGGAGAUCGCUUGGCCGGGACAAAACCUCCAACUGAUCCCCAGAAAGCUCGGAAAGAAGCAGCAGUGAUCAGACUGAACCAAAAAUGAUAGCUGCGGGAAAAUUUUCAAGUCUUCCCAGAAAUGGUCCAGUGAACCACCAAUUCUCAUUAGCUUCCUCCAUGGACCUUUUGAGCACUAAACCUUUGCCAACCGAGCAUCCCUCAGGCUCCUUUCAAGACAUCUCUAUCCAUGGCACUCUUCCCAGGAAGAAGAAGGGGACACUUCCCCCUAGGUCUUGUGAUAUGUUUAGCCACAUGGGAACACUGCCACACACCAGAGCUCACAGGCAACAACCACCUUUUGUGCAGGAUGUCAUAGAAGAGUACCCCCUGCAAAAUGGGAAGAGCAACAAACUCCAUGCCAGAGAUCAGAACAUUCUGGAUCCUGCUUUGGAAUAUGUUAAGUUUUCUAGGGAGAGGCAGGUUAUGGACAACAGCCCAGAAAAGCUGAAGAAGGAGUUAGAGGAAGAACUGCAGUUGAGUAGUGAAGACUUGCGUAGCCAUGCUUGGUACCAUGGACGUAUUCCUUGGCAGGUGGCAGAAGGCCUGGUUCAGAGAGAUGGAGACUUUCUGAUCAGGGAUUCUCUCUCCAGCCCUGGGAACUUUGUUCUUACCUGUCAAUGGAAAAAUACCUCGCAGCAUUUUAAAAUCAACAGAACAGUUCUAAGACUCAAUGAAGCCUACUGCCGUGUCCAGUAUCAGCUUGAACUGGAAAGCUUCGACAGCAUCCCUGGCUUAGUUAGAUACUAUGUUGGGAAUCGCACACCAAUAUCAAAGCAGAGUGGAGCAAUUAUUUUUCAGCCUAUCAACAGGACUGUGCCUCUCAGGUGUCUAGAGGAAAAGUAUGGUGUAACUCCAGUCCGACAAAAAGAGCCAAGCAUUCCUGAAGGAAAACCAGAAACUGCAAAAAGGCUUAGUCUUGGUCUAUCCAGCAUGCAGUCCCCGGAGCAGAGCAUACUCAGGGGCAAUCUUUUGAGAAACAAAGAGAAAAGUGGUAGCCAGCCAGCUUGUUUGGAUCAUGUUCUGGAGAAAAGAUUCCCUUUGAAGGCUCACCAAUCAGAGAGCUAUCUGCUCAUAGGUUCAAGACAUCCCUCUCGAUUACCUGCAGCAGAUGCAGACCCCUAUCCAAGCUCUCCUGCAUUUAGAACAGGCAGUGAACCUUCUCUAAGCCCCACAGUUGUGCAGAAAGUCACCUCAGAGUUACAAGGAGAAGCUCUUAGAGGAUCAGACAGUCAGCUCUGCGCGAAGCCUCCACCUAAACCCAGCAAAGCAUCCCUGAUAAAGCCUCCAGAUUCUCCCUUAGCUUCCCACAGUUCAGAAGGACACUACUGUGAACUAAGCCCUGCCAGAGAUCCUGCAACAACAAAGCAGCAGUUAUAUCCGAAAACCAGCUAUGUGGAACAUCUGACACAAAAGGAGAGGGGAACACACUCAUUCAGGAACUCUGAAACUAACUAUUUGAUCCUGGAAGAUGACCCUAAGAUGAACUCUGCAGAUCCUUUAGAAGCUUCAACUCAUAUGGCAGCAGAUGACAGCAUCUUUUCUGCACCUGUGUUUGAGACAGUGUCUAGUUUUAAACCAAAUGAUUUUGAAUCCAAACUACUUCCCCCUGAAAACAAGCCAUUGGAAACAUCAAUGUUAAGAAGAAUUAAGGAGCUUUUCACCAACAACAAUCCAAAGGUUAUUGCACAGCAUAUUCUUAGAAUGGACUGCAAGGUGGCAAGGAUACUGGAAGUGUCUGAUGAGAUGAGGAGGCUUAUGGGAGUGAACUCUGGGCUGGAACUGAUCACCUUGCCUUACGGACAUCAACUGCGCCUUGACCUCAUUGAAAGGCACAAUACCAUGGCAAUAGGACUAGCUGUGGAUAUCCUGGGUUGCACAGGAACAGUAGAAGACAGAGCGGCAACAUUAAACAGGAUUAUCCAAGUUGCAGUGGAGCUGAAGGACUCCUUGGGGGAUUUGUAUGGAUUUUCUGCCAUUAUGAAAGCUCUGGAAAUGCCACAGGUCACUAGGUUAGAACAAACCUGGACCUCUCUGAGACAUCGUUACACCCAGACUGCCAUUAUGUAUGAAAAACAGCUGAAGCCAUUUAGCAAAGCUUUGCAUGAAGGACAAGAUGAGUGGAACAAGACCACCAGUACUCUGCAGAACAAUGUGACUGUGCCGCUGCUGAUGCCUCUCAUUACCUUGAUGGAGCGACAAGCUGUCAUUUUUGAAGGGAUGGACCUGUGGGAAAGCAGUGACCAAAGCUGUGAGAUAAUGCUCAAGCACUUGGCCACGGCUCGUCAGAUAGCACAGAACGCAGAAAUGUACAGCUUGACUGCAGAGCGGAUGCUGGAAGGUUUUCAGCCCGAUGAAGAAAUGAGUGAAAUCUUCAAGACAGAAUUUCAAAUGAGAUUGCUCUGGGGCAGCAAAGGAGCACAAGUUAAUCAGAAUGAAAGAUAUGAGAAAUUCAGCCAGAUUUUAACUGCACUUUCCCGAAAACUGGAACCUCCCCCAGUGAAGCAGGUGGAACAAUUAAGUAUAUAAGACUCUGUAAACACUAUUUAAAUGAUAUACUUGAAAUAACCUUGGUUUUCUUCUGGCCAUUUGAUACAGCACAACCUUCUUGAGUGAGUUUCACAAGAUGUUUAGAACUUUUAACUGCACAAUACACACUUGUUUUAAAACUACUGAUUUCUAAUCAGAUUAUUUAUUUACUGUGUCAUCGAGUCAGUGAGCGAUCCCUUUAAAAAGGUAGGUUAGCUCUGUAACAUAGUCUUACAGCUUUUUGUAUUUCCCAGUUAGAAUGUUUUAAUAAUGCCUAGGAUUUAAGGGCAUUGGCUUCUUAAUAUUAAAAUUAAGCAAACGGUGUACAUACAAGAAUUAGAUUAAGUAUGUGACAUUGCAGAAAAUUUGUUGUAUAAUAUUCUUUUAAUGGAUAUAAAUCACUGUACAUAGAAUUAUGAAUUAAAUUGUAUCUUUAUGCAAAAUAAUUUGCAUAUUUGCAGAUUGCAGAAAUAGUGAGAUUGCAGAAAUGAUCUUUUAUCUGUGACCACAACAGAAAGCUCAACUAUCACUGCUCCUGUGAAGGUACAAAAUGAGUUGUAUAUGUGUUGUUGGGACAACUUACUUUUUGUUUACGACACCAGCCGUAGUACUCUGGCUUUUGCUGGAGCCUACACAAGAGCUAUGCUGCCAGGAAUGAAUGAUGAAAUGGCAAGAAGAAACAAUCUAGAUAAUUAAAAUGCUUUCAGAUAUGAGUAAA